AGGCUGCGUGCUAUGAAGUGGCUCGGGACCUCUACCUACUUUCCUACGCGGCGGGAUAAACGCACAAAAUAAACGUUGGCAACUCACAGGUCUAUCAUGUUUACGUAUAGCACUUAUGUCCAACCAUUCAACAAGCUUAUGCCAUACUUAUUGGGUAAGAAAUCAAAGACACUUUCUUACGAGCGAUCACUAAGGAGUCUUUACUACACCAAGAAGCCUAAAGGGUUACUCUGGACGGCUCGGGGGCGACUCACUGGUCACCGUCACCAUGUAGCUGCUAUCAGUAUCAGUGGGCCAAGGGCAAAGAGACUAUAUACGUUUUAUAGUCUCCUUGGCCAAGGGUGUGGCAGGCGAGGCAGUGGCUGACAGUGACUCAGAAAAGGAGACAGUAUUCCCAAAGGAUCAGUCUACUAGGGCUCCACCACAGAAAUCACCCUUGACACACUCCACUGACGGGGAAAAAAUGAUACAUUAAACACAUUCGACGUACGUAUCUGACGCUCGAUGGUAUUAAAAAAUAUUAUGUACGUUAUACAUAUCUGACGCUGUACAGUUUCAGGGAUUUUGAAAAUUAAGCAAAUAUGCCACCUAUCAAGCCAUUUCCAAGUUUACAGUCAACUGUAUUAGGAAUGUUGGCCAGUCAUCUUAAGAGACUAUGUUUUAGUGAGUCAUGCCCAUUAGAGGAUAUGAAGCUUAUUGCUGACCACAUGAACACUUACUUAUCCCAGAAAGCUCAAGUAAAUAUAUGUCAACUGAUCUUAAAGGAUAUAGUUAAGACGCAGAGCUAUGGGUCUGUUUGUGACCACCUUAAUGAGAGGUGCCUGCUGCUAUGCACAGAGCUGCAGUCCCCGUUUCUAUGGAUCUCCAGUUGCCUGUGUGUGGCACCAGUUAUUAGGAUGCUGAACGGCAAAAGUGUGAAGACACUGAAGAUAAAGAGGUGUAACUGUGGGGAUGUUUUAAAUCAGGAAGAGAUCACGUUUGAUUUUCAAAAAUAUUAUAAACUUGCAGGCCUAUACUGCUUUCUAAAAACAUGUGAAAACUUGACAACAUUUCACUGUUCUCAUAUGUGUUGUGAUGACUUACUGGAAGUUGUAGCCAAGUCCUGCCCUCACUUAGAAGACUUAGGUAUUUACUCAUGUCCAGAUGUUACUGAUGCAGGUAUUUUUUACCUUGCAGGCAACUCACCAGAUGAUGAUUAUGAAAUAUUUAAAAAGAUCAUACAAGAAGAAAAAAUACCUUCAAAGUCUGUCUGUACUAAGCUAAAGAAAGUCAGUUUACAUUAUACCAAGGUCUCUGCUCAGGGUGCUUUGAUUCUUUUGUAUAUUUCUCCUUCUAUUGAAGAACUUGGAAUCAUUAGUAACUUUGAUGUCAGUACUGAAUCUGUAUUUGAAAUGUUAUAUGGAACUGAUGUGGAAAGACACUCAGAAAUCACAAGAAGGUACUCUCUAAAGGUGUUCACUUGCAUGAACACUAGUGUACCCAUUAAAAAGGAGACACUAUCAUCAAUUACCAAAACCUGCCCCCUUCUGGAAAAUAUUUCCUUGGUGUGCACUGGAGAAAAGAAAGAGGACACUUACUUGCUUGCCCAUCUUUUGAGCCUAAAGCUUGUAACUCUAAAAGUAGUUAAUUGUAACAUACGUGCUUUGCUGCGGUACCUAAGGCGGAAAGGUGCUGAUUUGCUGAACCUGACAGUUUUUCAAUUUUCAGGAAGUCCACUUCAUCUGGAAUUCACUAGGAGUGACCUUCAAAAUAUUAUCUAUAUGUGCCCUAAGCUGGAGAAACUUAAUUUAAAACUCUUCCAUACUUCCAUAAAGCCUGAUGUGUCUUACUCUUGUUCUGAGCCUGAUUUGUUAUACUUCAAGACACUAAAACAUUUAAGUCUUGAAGAGGUAGAAAUCACACCUGAAGACCUAGCAGUAUUAGUUAGCAAGUGCAAAAACUUAAAUGAACUGCGGAUUAUCGGUCCAAAUGAUGUCAUGAUGGAUGACAAUGGCCUGUGUAAUCUGUUAGACUCUAGUAACCUGCAAAACUUACAAACUCUCUAUCUUAAUAAGGCAAUGAUAACAAUGGUGGGCCUUCAGAGAUUAUUAGAUAAGUGUCCUCAUCUGCAUACUGUGGGACCACUUUCUUCAUGGGCCUUUGAUUGGGGUGAAUAUCAGGUUUUGAUCAAGAAGAUUCAAGACAACGGGUGGGAGUUAGACAUAGGUAAAUGGCAAUCAGAAAUUUAUUUGUGAGUCCACUGUGCUGGUAAAAUGAACUAUUUUUCUACAAUAUUCCAUUCUCUCUUGAAAGAGUUAAUCUCAAAGUUCCAUAUAACUGAUUCUCUAUGGAGUCAGACUGUCUGAAAUUUACUGUAAAUAAGAAAUGGCAAAAAAUACUGGUAGAACCAAUUUUUUGGUUGAUUUUUCUCAAUUCUUUCUCAAAGGUUUCCUCACAUAAACUAGAAAAGGCAAAAUGAUAUGAAACAAGUUAUUACUGACAUGUUAAAUGUUUAUAUGAUGUAAUUUCAAAUACUGAAAAACUGACUUUUAAUGUUGGCAUCUUGAAGAAUAAGGGUGUAGAAGUUUACAGUUCUUAGUAGUGUGAAGGGAGAGGUGCAGACCCCUAGUCCUAUGGCAGCUUGGCAAUGUUAGUGUUGAAAGACUGCUUUUUAUUAGCACUUGUAUUAUGUUACCAAUCAUUGUUGCCAGAUCUGGAAUUCAUUGAGAUAUGAUGGAAGUUCAGUUCAUCAACAGGCGGUGGAUCAAUAGGUGGUGGCUGAGUGGUUAGCGUACUGGGCUCACAUUCAUCACGCCAUGGACAACGUCGGUUCGAAUCCCCAUGCUACCACCUAGGAUUUUUCAGUCACCACUGAGUGGCCUAAGACCUCUCACUUGCUGUCCAGAAGACCACCCACCAACCCGGACUCUAGAAGAAACUGUCCAGUGAAUCAAGAAUGAGUUCCGGAGGGCACCAUGAGCCAAGCAUAAGUGGUGUCACUAUAAAAGAAAAUUGCCUGUGCCACGAUGGGCUUGGGCUGACAAUCUGGCCCCUGAAGAAACUUAGCCUACCAGUGCUAUAGGCGGGGAUGGGAAAAAAAGAAGUAAUCCAGACUUUUCAUCUUAAUUUAUAGGAAUUCAUUUCAUCCCCACGAAAAUUUACAGAACUUUACUAAUAGAAUGAUAUGGUGGAGGGUACGAAGUUACACAAGCCUGUUUGCAGAUGAAACAAAGAUAAUGAGGAAAGUAGAAACCGGAAAAUUACAAACUGCUGCAGUAAGAUUGAUAGACGUUAUGAAUGGAGCAAGGUAUGGAAAAUUAAGGAGUGCAAAGAAAUGCAAAUUAUUGAUGAUGGGUAACAGUACUGAGAGGCUGCCACUGAACUAUUCAUUGUGAACUGAGCAAAUCACAAAUACAAGAGUGGAGAAGGACUUGGAAGUGUUGGUCCAGGAUAAUUUGUUACCAUAUGUAUAAGAUUGUUGGAAAGACCUUUGGGCUGCUGACAAACAUGGGAGGGCAUUUCACUACAUGGAUGAAGAUGUGAAAUUGAUAGCCUAUGGAUCUCAAAUAGAUAGCACAAUGCUAACUGAAGACUACUUCUCUGAUUUAAGUGUGUCACAAAGAAAUACAAUAAUAGUACCUACCCUCACAUAUGCAAGUGAGACAGGCCUGGAAUGAAAGUCAGAGGUCUAGAGUGCAGGCAGUGGAAAUGAGUUAUUGGAGGAGUGCUUGUGGUGUGAGUAGAAUGGAUGGAAUGAGUAAUGAAAGUGUGUACGAGCAUUUUGGAAUGUGUCACAGGGGUGAAGGGAAGAAGUGUGGAGUGGUGGAGAAGUGAAGCGACAGACUUUAAAGUGGUUUAGCCACAUGGAGCGAAUGGAGGAGAGUAAGAUGACCAGAAGGGUGUAUGUGAGUGAGAUAGAGGGAGGGAAUGCUAGAGGAUGAACGCCAGUGAAAUGGAGGGAUAGGGUGCAAGAGUACGUUAGGGAGAGGGGGGAAAGGUCUUUGAGAAACUUUGAACAGGCAAAGAGGAAGUGUCUGGAUAGAGAAAGUUGGAAGCUCUUCUGCCGUGGCCAUCCCCUGGUGGGAGCUCCUAGGAGCAAGCGUCGAUGAAAUGAAUGAAUGAAGUGUUUCACAAAGGCAUGCCACCAUACUGGAGUUUAAAUUCCAAACUGCACAUUGCCAACUGGAGAGUAAUUUCUCUGAGAUUAUUUCUGACAGUUGCUUAGUUAUAUUAACUUAGCCCAAUCUUCAACCUUUGUUUAGACUAUUUACAAUUUGAAGUAGUUUGUAGAAACAGGAAUAUUGCAUGUCUCAGAGAUCUAAAGAAGCGAUGUAACUCCUGGUUUUACAGGAGACAGUACUGCUUUACAGCAAGAUGCUGCUGGGACUAUGGAAUGAACAACUGGAGUACUUGAAGACACUAGACAGACAACAGUAUGGUCAGCCUUGCAUAUAAAACACCAAAUCAGUAACUUACUCUCAUCUCUUACUUGACAGCAUUGUGUUUCCAUGGUGUAAAUCUCAGCUCUGUAACUGAAACCGAUGGUUUUGUUGUUGUUAACAGUCCCAGGCUAUAUUAUCAUGGUCUGGAAAUUAUUUGAUCAUUUUUAUGUAAUGAAGGCAUUAUGUUUAUA